GCCUGCCUCCUGCGCUCGCUCGCGCGCACACUCGGUUCGCCGUCAGUUUCUUCUUCACCCUGUGACGCCGUCCGAUCCGGUUCGGUUCGAUAUGGAGAAGUCAGCGGCGACGCGCGCGUACGGGGCCGCGCUGGCGGGCGGAGGGUUCGACUUCCAGAAGUUUGUCCGGCAGCCGCAGACUGUGGUGCGCGUGCUGAGCGGGGUUUUUGCUCUGGUGGUCUUCGCCUGCAUCACCACGGAGGGUUACGUUAACCCCUUCUACAGCUCGCAGGCAAAGUGCAUCUUCCACCAGACAGACUCGGCCUGUCAGUACGCCGUCAGCAUCGGUGUCAUUGCCUUCCUUGCCUGCCUGGCGUUCCUGGUGUUGGACGUCUAUUUGUCUUUCAUGAGCAGUGCGCGGGACCGGAAGUACGUCGUCAUGUUGGAUCUAGGAUUCUCAGGCGUGUGGACCUUCCUGUGGUUCGUGUGUUUCUGUGUCCUGGCCACGCUGUGGGGUCGAACACGCGACCUCGACGGUAUUCCCCAGGACGCCGCAAACGCCACGGUGGCUUUCUCUUUUUUCUCCAUUGCCACCUGGGGAAUCCUGACAUACUUCGCUUUGGGUCGUUACCGCCAUGGUGUGACUGACGUUACCGUGCCAACCUACGUAGAAGCACCAGAAGAUCACCCCCCCUACCCUCCCACCUACACCCCAACAUCCUACAACCCGACGACCUACACGCCCACCACGUAUACGGUGUACCCUGCUAACACUCCUGAUGUACACCAGCCUGAUGUGCACACAGACGCUGGCUACCUGCCCCCCGCCUACUGACAGACGAGGCAGCAGCGUUGGAGGUGAGGGACUCAUUCCUCUGACCUCUGACCUGGCCAUAGAUUUGUGCCAAACACACAACCUUCACCUCAAAGGGGAUCAGUAGAGGUCAGAGGUCACAUAAUGUGACACCUGAUGUUGAAGUCAAAAUUGCCAGAACUUCCUGUGUUCAUCUUUAGGCGCAUUUCCACCGCAGGAACCAGCUCCCGAGUUCCACACAUCUUCUAGGAACUAGCUCCAGUCCAGUUUCUGUUCUCAGUCUGGAUGGAUCCUGGUCUUUGACACGGAUCCUGGUUCUUCUGUCUCUGAGGUCAUUAUCAAAGGUUUUCCUGCAGUGGUUUUUCGUUCCUUCAGUAAAAUCAGUUUGCUGAUGUGUGGAACCUUUAGAGACCAGGGAACCAGUCCCCAUCUGGAACAGGAGCUGGUUCUGUGUUGGAGCAGAUUUUUUAUGUUGACAGAAACAUCUGACAAAAAACUGUGUUGUUGUUUGUGUGCCACAUUGUUUUUUUUUUUGUUGUUGUUUUUAACUUGGUUUAUUUGAGGAUCUGUUGCACAAACGUGUAGCCCUGCCCCCUCCCCCCACAGAGAGCAAAGGUCAUACAAUCGCCUCCAAACGCUGAGAUCUGAAAAACACUACUCAACACGACUGAAGAUAUUUUGUUUUAUUGGUCAACAGAUUAAAUGUUAACGGGGAUUAAAAUCUUCUUUUGACUUGUCAUUGUCACUUUAUGACAUCAUAAAGACAUGAUGGGACUUAAUAAAAUAAUAGCAUUUAUGACGUUGACUCCUGACUGCCCUCUGUUGGUUGGGGGAGGAGUCAUCUAGCUGAAGUGCCUUUGUAAUUUAGAAUUCAUUAAUUUAACUUUGAGAAAAAUAUAAAGAGACUGUAAAACCAAAC